AACCCUCUCCGAUGGUGCUACAUCAUUCUGGUGUUGUUUGUGAUUCGUUUGGCCGCCGGAAACGUCUUUGCUGCGACGGCUCUCUUUACCAACAACUCUGUGGUCUUUGAGAAACUGGGAGAGGUCAACGGACUUGCUCAUUCUCUCACCUCCUUACUCAGAACGAUAUCUCCAGUGUUCUCGGGCACUAUAUUCUCCCUCUCGAUAUCUCGUGGAGCUCGCCAUGUCGGGUUCCCGGUCAACUACUACCUCAUAUUCCUCAUCUUUGGUCUCACCAUUCUACUGUGUACAAUCCUCGGUGCCGGCCUGCCUCCCUCCAUCAACAGACAGAUGGGUGACUCCCUGUCAAUCAGUGGAAAUGAGAGUCCCUCCAUUUCUUCAAUCAGAACGACCGACGAAGACACUGGUAGCUCUAGUAGCGGAACAAGUAGUGGAAAUAAUGGACCG